AGGCCUUCCCUUGCCAGAGCAGAAGAGAGAGAGGGGAAGGAGACGCCGAGAGAGGCAGAAGGAGACGUUGGGUCAGAGCAGGUAGGUGCACUUUCAAUGCAGCUGCGUUUCCACGACCCUCUUUCAAAUUCGAAAUGGAUAGCCGUUGCCUGUAACAAAGUAACCUGUGACUUGAAAAACACCUAAUUCCUCUGUUACAUUUCUUGCAAUCUUACCUGAUAGAAAGUUACAGGUUGAGACUUUGUUACCUGUAUCAUUUCUCCCCCAAACACAAACUGUAAGAAAGUCACCUGUAACUUUCUUACAUUUUACACAAGUUACAGGCAUCCAAACGGCCCCUUCAAUUUCACACCCGAUAUGAAGAGAAUAUCGCUUCCUUACAACCCUUUUCAUCUCUUCAAUCACAUGAAGAAGCCCACAAUGACAGGAACUAAAAUAAUCCAUGCCCAGUUAAUCAAAACACCCCUCCUUCAGUCUGAUCUCUUCGUCGCCAACUCACUCGCUGAUUGCUACUGUAAAUCUGCUGCGAUGGUUUAUGCUCUCAACGUGUUCAACGAAAUUCCUGAACCAAAUCUUGUCUCCUGGAAUCUUAUGAUAUCUGGCUAUAAUCAGAGAAUGCAAUUUGAUGAGUCGAUGAGGAUGUUCUGUAGAAUGUAUUCUUCUGGUUUCGAGCCCAACCAGAUCACAUACGGGAGCAUUCUUUCAGCUUGUGCUGCCUCUCAAGCUCUGCGAUUUGGGGAGCAGGUUUACUCUCUCAUAACUAAAAAUGGGUUCUUUUCAGAUGGGCAUGUUUGCACCGGGAUGAUUGAUUUGUUUGCAAAGACUUGCUGUUUCGAAGAUGCUCUGAAGGUAUUUUCAGAGGUUUCUUCUGAGAAUGUGGUCUGUUGGAAUGCCAUCAUUGCUGGAGGUGUUAGAAAUAAGGAGAACUGGAUUUCUUUAGAUCUUUUCCAUCGGAUGGUAUGUGGGUCUUUGACUCCGAAUGGUUUUACCUUUUCAAGCAUUUUAACAGCUUGUGCAUCGGUUGGAGAAUUAGAUAUGGGUAGAGGAAUACAUGGGUGGGUGAUUAAAUGCGGCGCAGAAGACGACAUAUUUGUAGGAACUGCUAUCAUUGAUAUGUAUGUGAAAUGUGGUGAUGUCAACGAAGCAGUGAAGGAGUUUUCAUGGAUGCCAAGUCGCAAUCAUGUUUCUUGGACUGCCAUCAUUUCUGGUUUUGUACAAGUUGCGAAUACUUUUAGCGCCCUAAAUUUUUUCAAAGAAAUGAAAGCAACUGGGGUAGAGAUCAACAAUUUCACUGUUACAAGUGUACUCACUGCUUGUGGUAAACCAGAGUUGGCAAAAGAGGCCAUGCAAAUCCAUGGCUUGAUUUUAAAAUCUGGGUUUUCUAUGGAUUCCUCAGUGAAAGAUGCUUUAAUAAUUAUGUAUGCAAACAUUGGGGAUAUUGGCCUCUCCGAGAGGGUGUUUGAAGAGAUGGGCUCUAUGGAGAAUGUGGGUACUUGGGCAGCUAUGAUAUCUGCUUUUGCGAAGAAUGUUAGUUCGAGAAGGUCAGUUGAAUUGUUCCAGAGGAUGUUCCGUGAGGGUCUGAGACCCAAUAGGUUUUGUUGUUCUAGCGUUUUGAGUAUUGUAAGCUGUGUAAAUUUGGGGAAGCAGAUCCAUUCAUAUAUUGUUAAAGCUGGUUUGGAUCUUGAUGUUUCUGUAGGCAGUGCUCUUUUCACCAUGUACUCUAAAUGUGGUAGUUUAGAAGAUGGUUAUGAUGUGUUUAAACAGAUGCCUGAAAAGGAUGGAGUUUCAUGGACGUCAAUGAUAGCCGGUUUUGCUGAACAUGGCCUUGUGGACCAGGCAUUUUGCUUAUUCAGAGAAAUGUUAGUCGAGGAAGUAAGACCUGAUCAGAUGACUCUAUCCGCCGUUCUCACAGCAUGUUCGGUUUGUCAAUCCUUACGGAAAGGGAAGGAGAUUCAUGGUUAUGCUCUUCGUGUUGGUUUUGGAACAGAGACUCUUGUUGGUAGUGCUCUGGUAAAUAUGUAUUCAAAAUGCAAAGCUCUAGUCUCUGCAAGAAGAAUCUUUGAUGCUAUGCCUCAAAAGGAUCAGAUCUCAUGGUCUUCCUUGGUUUCCAGCUACGCCCAAAACAGGCAUAGUGAAGAGGCACUCUUGCAGUUCCAUCAGAUGCUGAUUGCUGGUAUGAAAAUCGACUGCUUCACAAUUUCAUCUAUUCUUGGUGUGUCUGCGACUUUAACAAGGCCAGGCUUGGGCAAGCAGUUACAUGCUCAUACUGUGAAAAUAGGCAUAGAUUUGGACCUUUCAGUGAGCAGUUCGUUGAUCACAUUGUACUCAAAAUGUGGGAGCAUUGAUGAUUCUCGUAAAGUAUUUGAUCAGAUAGACAAGCCGGACCUCGUUACAUGGACAGCAAUGAUCGAUGGCUACGCUCAACAUGGUCAAGGUGUAGAGGCUCUAAAAAUAUAUGAGAUGAUGAGAGAAGAAGGCAUGGAACCUGAUUCAGUGACUUUUGUUGGUGUUUUAUCAGCUUGUAGCCAUAAUGGUUUGGUAGAAGAAGGAUAUUUCCAUCUUAAUUCUAUGGCGACAGAUUAUGGGAUCAAACCAGAAGCACGCCAUUAUGCAUGUAUGGUGGAUCUACUUAGCCGAGCUGGGAGACUAAGAGAGGCUGAAAGGUUCAUUGAGACAAUGCCCAUAAAACCUGAUGCUCUGAUGUGGGGGACCCUGCUUGGUGCAUGUAGAAUAUAUGGUGAUGUUGAGCUCGGAAGGUCAGCAGCCAAAAAGGUUCUUGAGCUGGAGCCUUGUGAUUCUGGAGCUUAUGUCUCACUGUCCAACAUCUGUGCAGAUGCAGGAGACUGGGAAGAAGUUUUGAAGAUCAGAAACUUGAUGAAGGGUGUUGGUGUAAAGAAGGAACCGGGGUGGAGUUUUGUAUGAAGGCCAAUAGGAAGCUCGUCUUCCUAAUUGUGUUUAAGAUAGGAACAUGAAUUUCCCUUUCCUAUCUCAAUGGUAAUUCAGUAUGGAGAAAAAAAGAGCGGAAAAUGCUAACCUGCAACGACUGAGUUUCAUAUUCAGUGCUGCGCCAAACACCUGAGAAUUAAGCAUGCUUGGGAAGCCCAACCAACCUCAGCUCGGUGAUACACUGAAUCACUAGCUAUGGUUCCAACAUCUUUUAUAUAUAUAUAUAUAUAUAUUCCCUACCUGAUCUGCUAUUCCGUCUGACGAAAGAUUCUUGCGUAAGCUCCAAAGAAAAAUUCUGGAAAGUCAGGAUUUAGGCAUGAAAAUUCCUCUUGUCAAUUACCAUUGUCACUAUGUCAUUACAAAUGAUAUAUCAGAUAUUGUCUGAGGAAAAAUACCACAAGAGAUUGAAUUGGGGCAAAUGAAGGUUAAGAAUCAGAAAAUUAGCAGUUAUGUUCCAUAAUCUCAUGGCUCGUCAAGCAAUUUAACUGCCACAAGGAGGGAAAGAACCACAUGCGCUAAGGAUUUGAAAACAUGCUUAUGAUGGAGGAAUUUUAGGCAAGAUGUCUUUGAUUACGUUGCCAUGGUACUUCAAGAUGAAGAAUCACACGGUAAAAGGGAAGAAAAUGGCAGGAGACCUAUUUUGUUGCUACCAUUUCUUGUUCAGAUAAAUCAAGUCAAAUUUGAGUGCCCUUCCUUCUGGUACAGGUACCAUCUUGUUGGCAAACUGUAAAUUAGCCUUGAUUAUUUUAUUUUAUUUUUCUUCUUUCAGUUGUUUCGAUGUAUUAAUCUCAACUGUAAAAGGUUUCAGGGUUUCUUCCAAAAACCUUGCUUUUCACUAACCACAGAAUAAGAAGACAUACAAAAGAGAGAUCACAUGCAUCCUUAUGCUUCCUCUUUUUUAAAUUGCACUUUGGUUGAAAUGUAUGAAAAAUGCCAAGUCACGUGAAGAGGAUGGCAGCUUUUCAUUGUAGUGGACAUGCUAAUAUGGCACACAAGUGCAAGACCAGGGUAAUUCGCCUUGUGGGGCUAAUGCAUGAGCAUUUUCGCACCGGACUCGAGUGGGGUGGCCUGUGGGAUGCAGGGGCACACUCGGGGUGGGCGGCCCGUG